UGCAGUCUCCGAACGUGACAUGGUCUCUUAUUUUAUAUUGUUUUUUUUAAAGACCAAUUCCAUCACACAGUUCGUUUGGUCAAUGCUCAAGAAGUCACAAUACAUAUAGCAAAAGCUCUUCUUCAUCAUCAUCCUCUGAUCACUCCUGCAACUACAAAAUCCAUGGCGAAAGAUUCCAUGGCGGUGUCUUCACUUCUCUGGACUCUCUUCCUCAUCUCCAUCAUCUUCUCACUUCAAUCAAAAAGCCAAGAAGAGGAUAUACCAAUCACACGGUUCCAGCAAUAUUUACGAAUCAACACCGCUCAUCCUAACCCUAACUACACCGCACCAGUCUCCUUCCUCAUUAACCAAGCUCAAUCGAUUGGUCUCACUUCCAAAACCUUCGAAUUCGUCUCCGGUAAGCCAGUACUUCUCCUCACAUGGCUAGGCUCUAACCCUAACCUCCCUUCGAUUCUCUUCAACUCUCACCUCGACUCUGUCCCCGCCGAAUCCGAGAAAUGGAUUCACCCGCCGUUCUCAGCUCACCGUACAACCGAUGGCCAUAUCUACGCUCGCGGCGCGCAAGACGACAAGUGUAUCGGAGUUCAGUAUCUAGAAGCGAUCAGGAACCUGAAAUCGAGAGGCUUCUCUCCUCUCCGUACGGUUCAUAUCUCGUACGUCCCUGAAGAAGAGAUCGGCGGAUUCGACGGGAUGAUGAGAUUCGCGGCGUCGUCGGAGUUUAGGGAUUUGAAUUUGGGAUUCGCUAUGGAUGAAGGACAAGCUAAUCCUGGUGAUGAGUUUAGGGUGUUUUACGCUGAUCGGACUCCAUGGGAAUUUAUAAUCAAAGCUGAGGGGAUCCCAGGGCAUGGUGCUAAGCUUUAUGAUAAUUCAGCUAUGGAGAAUUUGAUGAAGAGUGUUGAGUUGAUUGCUAAGUUUAGGGAGACGCAGUUUGAUUUCGUUAAAGCUGGGAAAGCUGCGAAUUCUGAAGUUAUAUCUGUGAAUCCAGUUUAUCUUAAAGCUGGAACUCCUUCUACUACUGUGAGGUUUGUGAUGAAUAUGCAGCCUUCAGAGGCAGAAGCUGGGUAUGAUGUAAGGUUGCCUCCAAUGGCAGAUCCAGAUGUUAUGAAGAAAAGGAUUGCUGAAGAAUGGGCUCCUUCUAUUAGGAACAUGACUUACACGGUAAAAGAGAAAGGAAAGUUAAGAGAUCAUUUAGGGCGACCUAUAAUGACUCCAACAAAUGAUACCAAUCCUUGGUGGUCUAUCUUCAAACAAGCUGUUGAAGCAACAGGAGGAAAACUCGCAAAGCCCGAAAUUUUGGCUUCAACUACAGAUUCACGCUAUAUUCGCUCUUUGGGAAUCCCAGUUCUGGGCUUCUCUCCAAUGACCAAUACUCCUAUUUUAUUGCAUGACCAUAACGAGUUCCUCAAGGAUAUCGUAUUCAUGAAAGGAAUUGAAGUAUAUGAAUCGGUUAUCACAGCUCUAAGUUCCUUUAAGGGAGUAUCUGAUCAAGUGCUUUGAAGCAUGUAUCAAUGCAAGCAAUUGUGAUAUGCUGCUUGAAGAUGGCCACAUCUCACAUGGCUAUGACUAAAAAAGUGUUGUAAAUGUUUAUUUGUAAGUUCCCUAUUUUUAUUGACAUUUACUCUGUCCUUGUGACCCUUAAAUGGCUGCUGCUAAUAAUCCUUUGUAUAUAUUAUCAGUUAUUUUUCUGCAUAAUUCUCAGACUCCGAAGAGAAAAUUCAUUGGUGCUUA